CCAAGGGAAGAAGCGGAAGGCCUUCAACACUAUUUCCCGCUGCGUUGAAGGCUGAAGCAGCGUUCAAAGUCUCUAAACCCUCUCGGCCUCCACCUCACCCAGAACCAAAAAAGUUUCAUUUUUGAAGUUCGAGUCUUUGAGAAUUCAAGAUACCUUCAAUUAUUCUUCUCGGGGGGUUCUUCUCUCCUCUAUCCAUUACAAGUGUAGUUUUUUAGGGUGGUUUAGUUAAAGAAUGGCUAGUUUUAGUUCUCUUUCAUUGUGUCCAUACAGCCUUUAUCGUCACCCGAACCCGAAAAGGCGUCCCAUUUUGUGCUCGGUUGGCUCUUCUUCGCUCGCAGGUGUUGAUGGAUCUAAAGUGCCUCGCAAAAGAUCAAGAAAAAUUGAAGGUCCUAGGAAAAGCAUGGAAGACUCUGUUCAACGCAAGAUGGAGCAGUUUUAUGAAGGAUCUGAGGGGCCACCCCUGCGAGUUCUUCCUAUUGGUGGGUUGGGUGAAAUUGGGAUGAAUUGCAUGCUUGUCGGGAACAAUGAUCGUUAUAUCCUUAUUGAUGCUGGUGUCAUGUUUCCAGACUAUGAUGAGCUUGGAGUCCAAAAGAUUAUACCUGAUACGACAUUUAUAAGAAAAUGGAAGCACAAAAUUGAAGCAGUGGUUAUAACGCACGGUCAUGAAGAUCAUAUUGGUGCGUUGCCUUGGGUCAUACCAGCAUUGGAUAUCCAUACUCCAAUUUUUGCAUCUUCCUUUACAAUGGAGCUUAUUAGAAAACGUUUGAAGGAGCAUGGUAUUUUUGUUCCAUCACGACUCAAAGUAUUCCGAACAAAGAAGAAGUUUGUGGCUGGGCCAUUUGAAAUAGAGCCAAUCAGGGUGACCCAUUCUAUCCCUGAUUGUUGUGGGUUAGUUCUUCGCUGUUCUGAUGGUACUAUUCUUCAUACUGGGGACUGGAAGAUUGAUGAAUCACCAAUGGAUGGGAAAGUUUUUGACCGUGAAACUUUGGAGGAACUCUCUAAAGAAGGAGUAACACUAAUGAUGAGUGAUUCAACAAACAUACUUUCACCUGGAAGAACAGCUAGUGAGUCUAACGUGGCAGAUGCACUGUUAAGGCAUAUUUCUGCUGCUAAAGGAAGGGUUAUUACAACCCAGUUUGCAUCAAAUAUCCAUCGUAUUGGAAGUGUGAAAGCUGCAGCUGAUUUAACUGGUAGAAAAAUGGUAUUUGUUGGCAUGUCUUUACGGACAUAUCUAGAUGCAGCUUGGAAGGAUGGAAAAGCACCGUUCGAUCCAUCCACCCUGGUGAAAGUGGAGGAUAUUGAUGCUUAUGCUCCUAAGGAUUUGCUGAUUGUAACAACUGGAUCUCAGGCAGAACCUCGUGCUGCCUUGAAUCUUGCAUCAUAUGGUGGUGGUCAUUCUUUCAAACUGACCAAGGAAGAUAUAAUUUUGUAUUCAGCUAAGGUUAUCCCUGGCAAUGAGUCUCGUGUGAUGAAAAUGAUGAACCGCAUAGCAGAGAUUGGAUCAUCAAUAGUAAUGGGGAAGAAUGAGGGGCUGCACACGUCUGGUCAUGCGUAUCGUGGAGAAUUGGAGGAAGUGCUUAGAAUAGUGAAACCACAACACUUUCUUCCCAUACAUGGAGAACUCUUGUUCCUGAAGGAGCACGAAUUACUUGGAAAGUCAACUGGCAUUCGACACACUGCUGUUAUUAAGAACGGAGAGAUGCUUGGCGUUUCACACUUAAGAAAUAGAAAAGUCCUUUCCAAUGGUUUUGUUUCCCUUGGAAAAGAGAACUUACAGUUGAAGUACAGUGAUGGGGACAAAGCAUUUGGUACAUCUAGUGAACUCUUUAUUGAUGAAAGAUUGAGAGUUGCUUUAGAUGGAAUUAUCGUGGUCAGCAUGGAAAUAUUUCGCCCUCAAAAUAGUGAAAGUCAUGCUGAAAGCACCUUGAAAGGGAAGAUAAGAAUUACCACUAGAUGCCUAUGGCUUGACAAAGGAAAGCUGCUUGAUGCGCUUCAUAAAGCUGCUCAUGCUGCACUUUCAAGCUGCCCGGUAAGCUGUCCAUUGGCUCACAUGGAAAGAAUUGUAUCUGAGGUAUUGAGGAAGUUGGUGAGGAAGUAUAGUGGCAAAAGACCAGAAGUUAUAGCUAUUGCUACAGAAAACCCUGCAGCUGUUCUUGCUGAUGAGGUAAAAGUACGGUUGUCAGGAAAAUCUCAUUCGGGUCUUGGAUUACCAUCAUUGAGAAAAGCUGUGGAUGGACGUAAAGAGGAAAAGAAGUCCAGUAAAAUGCCAAUAAAAGGAGAUGAUGGCACUGAUGUUGAAGGACUCCUACCUGAGGAAGAUUCCCCUACCUCUAGUGGAGCUGAGGGUGAUUUCCCUGAUUCAGAGGAUUCUGACGGAUUUUGGAAAUCAUUCAUCACACCUUCAACCGCUGAAAAGUCGAUCAAAGCUAACAACGGUUAUAUUCCACGGAAGCAGCAAGAUUCCCAGCUGAUGAAAGAUGAUUCUGAAGACUCUGGAGAAACCAAGUCUGAACCCAUGCCUUCAAAAACAGCGAAGAGAAAUAAAUGGAAACCCGAGGAAGUGAAGAAGCUGAUUGUUAUGCGUGGGGAGCUUCACGAGAGAUUCCAAGUUGUGAAGGGAAGAAUGGUUCUCUGGGAAGAGAUAUCUCAAAAGUUGUUGGCUGAUGGUAUCCACAGAAGUCCAGGGCAAUGUAAAUCUCUGUGGACUUCUUUGAUACAAAAAUAUGAGGAGAUCAAGAAUGGGAAGGCAAGCAAGAAAAGCUGGCCAUAUACGGAGGACAUGGACAGGAUAUUGUCGGAUAACGAGGCGCUAGCAGCAAAAUGAGUGGGAAAUGUGAACAAUAAUAUAUUGAAGUAAGAUUGAAAACGUUAAGAGUGGUGCUCAACAAGAUAAUCACCGACUUCAGUUGCACGAUUCUUGUGUGGCGUUGAAGAUGCUUUGUCCCCUGAGGCAUUUACAGAGGCUUGAAUGAAUCAUCCCACCACUAUGAAGAAAGAUCCAAUACCUGAAGCUUUAGAGGGAGAAUCUUUGUUUCCAGGGGACGUGUUGCUCUCCUUAAAUUAACAUCUUAAUUUGUCAUAAUUAAAUUAAAUUUAUUAAUUUGCAAGCGGAGCAACUAUAGAAAUGUAAGCUCGCACUCCGAUGGAGCACGACUGAUUUUUUUUUUUUUUUAUAACAAUUCUGAUUCUGAUUACUGAAUGCAGGAGUGUUGUGUGACAUUGGGUCCAGCUGA